GAGGAGUGAACUUUGAAAGCAAAGAAACAAGUGCACAUUGCUAGGGACAGGCAGUCUGUACACAGCGCUCGGUGCAUGGAGCUAGCCCGGCAGCUCUGAGGGAAUUCCCGCGCUUUCACCUCAGGAUUAGUAAUCGGAGCCCCCUACAUGGACGCCGCGUUACCACAGUGAUUGUACUCCGCAUCAGUCAGACUCCCAGGAACGAAUGCCGCAAACUCCAGGUUUGGUAGCCAUGUUUGACAGUGGUACUUUCAACCGGAACUUGUAUCCAUCCAAAGAAGAGAGUUGUUCGGACCUGUACUACCAAGAUAACAACUUGCUGUCUGGAUCCCUUGAAGCCCUCAUCCAGCACUUGGUGCCCAGCGUUGAUUACUAUCCGGAUAGAACAUACAUCUUUACCUUCCUUCUCAGUUCUCGCCUUUUCAUCCAUCCUUUUGAAUUAAUGGCUAAAGUCUGUCAUGUUUGUGUAGAGCAGCAGAGGCUAAAUGAACCAGGAACUGAUAAGAGUUACAUGAAGAAGACUGCUCCCAAAAUCCUUCAGUUAUUGACAGAGUGGACAGAGACCUUCCCUUAUGAUUUCCGAGAUGAGAGGAUGAUGAGAAAUCUCAAAGACACAGCACGCCGCAUCACACAUGGAGAUGAGAUUUACAGGAAAAAUGUUCAACAGAUCGUACAAAAUCUCAUUCGGAAGCUUGCAGCAUUGAGCCAGUAUGAAGAACUUAUUGCAAAAAUCAAUGCCCAAAGUGCUGAUCGUAUGGCCAUUUUGAAGAGCAAGCCACAGUCCAUACAGAGGGACAUCAUCAGUAUCUGUAGUGACCCCUAUACGUUAGCCCAGCAGCUAACCCACAUAGAGCUGGAGAGGCUAAGUUAUAUUGGACCUGAAGAGUUUGUCCAGGCUUUUGUGCAGAAGGAUCCAUUGGAUAACAAUGAGAACCGUUUCAGUGACCGAAAAAAGACUCGCAAUCUCGAAGCGUACGUGGAGUGGUUCAACCGCCUUAGUUACCUUGUAGCAACAGAGAUCUGCAUGCCUGUUAAGAAGAAACACAGAGCCAGGAUUAUUGAGUUCUUUAUCGAUGUAGCUCGGGAAUGUUUCAACAUUGGGAAUUUUAACUCUUUAAUGGCAAUAAUUUCUGGAAUGAACAUGAGUCCCGUUUCUCGGCUGAAGAAAACAUGGGCAAAAGUCAAGACUGCAAAGUUUGAUAUUUUGGAGCAUCAAAUGGAUCCUUCAAGCAACUUUUACAAUUACAGAACAGCUCUGCGAGGAGCAGCUCAAAGGUCCCUAACUGCUCACAGCACCAGAGAAAAGAUUGUGAUCCCAUUCUGCAGUUUGCUGAUCAAAGACAUCUACUUUCUAAAUGAGGGCUGUACCAGUCGCCUUCCUAACGGUCACGUCAAUUUUGAGAAAUUCUGGGAGCUCGCAAAGCAAGUCAGUGAAUUUAUGGCUUGGAAGCAAGUUGAGUGCCCCUUUGAAAAAGAUCGAAAGAUUCUGCAUUAUGUCCUGACUGCUCCUAUAUUCAGUGAAGAUGGUCUUUAUCUGGCUUCCUAUGAGAACGAGGGUCCUGAGAAUCACAUUGAAAAAGACAGAUGGAAAACUAUGAGGUCAGCACUUUUGGGCAGAGUCUAAUGUAUGAAGUCAGUGCCAUGAAUUGACCAUUAUUUAUGGACACAGUGGGAUUUGAAUGAUGGGUGCAUUGGAAGCAGCUGAGGCUUUCUAGCAGAGCAGACAUGAAUCAAGACCGCUCGAGGGCAGGCACAUUAAAUGAAUCACAACUGGCUUGUCUGCCCAGCCUGCUUAGGACAGACAAUGACUUGAUGUUUCAGUCGCCCCUAUGCUGACUUUGAUUUCUUCGGUCGCGUAUAGAUUCUUUACCUGGUUUCACAUCCUGCUUAUCAACCCUACCCAGCUAUCUUACCAUGUACAGUGCUGGUCAAGACAAGGAGUACUUAAAGCGGAAGAUGGAAAUUAAUAUUAAAAGAAAAAAAAACACUGGCUGGCCGGGUCUGUUAACGUGUUGAUUUAAGGUCUAAAGCUUUUAGUUUACCGCUGGAUGGUAAACUGAACAGUGGGACUCAAUGGACAUUUAAUAAUAUUCCUGUAUGUUAUUGUCCAGAGCUAAAGUCUAUUUCUGGGAUCUAGGCUGCAGCAGGACACAGUAUGUGUGUGUAUAUAGACACAAGCCGGUUUACAGUAUUUUUCCUUGUUUUUUUUGAUUUGCUUGUAUAUUCUUUAUUUUUGGAUUUUCUUAUUUAUUGCAGCAAGGGCCUGUACAGAACAUUUUGGUACAGAGCAAGUUGUGCACUGACUGUAUAUUGGGAAGAAGUUAUUCCCCCCCCCCCCCCCCCCUUCCUUCCACUUUGUAUGAAUGCAUUUUUAUAUGUAACCUUUCUACCACUUUUCCAUUUUGUUCUACAAGCAACCUCAUAGCUGCAAACAUCAGCUUUGUCCUCCAAGAUGCUGCAUUUAGGCACUGAGAUUUCAGGAAAUACAUACGCAUGUUUUCUCAAAUAACUGGGCAGCAAUGAAUCGCAACAGGUUCAAUGCUUAACUGCUGUGAAGAGACGUUUGUAGUUUCUCGUAAAGAAAGUCUAUUUUGCUAUGAACUGAAAAGUUUCAAGUAAGAGCAUUGCUGUAGUAUUAGAAAUGCUAAUAAUGCAGAUUUCUACGACAUGAUCACGUCUGUUUACUAGUCUUCCUCUAUUGAUGUGACGGUCCUGUGACGAGGACUAAUGGACCAUUAUACCUCAUGUAUUUCUCUUUGCAAUGUGCAGACUCCUCCUGACAUUGGAGUUCCCUGUUGUGUGUGUGUGUGUGUGUGUGUGUGUGUGUGUGUGUGUGUGUAUAUAUUUUAUUUUUUUGUGUGUGUAAUUUUCCACUUCACUGAUGGAUAGGUUACUUUGUGCAUGUGCCGUAUAGGAAUGCUAAAAACUGUGAACUAGACAGCGAUAAUAAAUGUGAUAAUAUACAAGUUUUGUUGCAAGCGUGUAAAACUGAUGGAUGUGUUUUGGGAUACUAAAAAGGCCAGGGGUUAAUGCAUUAGACUCCAUAUAUAUCUUUUCAUCCGUCUUAGUUGAAGCAGGAGGCUUUACAGCGCGGCGUGAGACAAGACAUGGCAAGAUGGGAAUCCUUAAUGAAUUCAGUGAUGUGACUAUAAAUCGUGACCUCAUUCCUUUAUAAAAGGGAAAUAAUUUAUCAUUGCAUUUUCACAUUUAUGGCAUAAAGUCAAUGAAGGACGAUGAAAAAGCAAAAUGUGGAUAGAAUUUGUAAAUACGCUGAUAUUACUAGCGGAUUUGUUUUACUUUUUCCAGUAGAGCUCUAGAGUUCCCAUUGCUAGGGAAUGACUUGCUUCAUGAUAUUUCAAAGACAUUUGUUAGAAUUUGCAUAAUCAAUUUUAAAGACCUUUCCUACUACUGGGAAAUGAAUAUUCUGACAAACAGCUGCUGAGACCAGACAUUAGGCACCUUCUCACUACUACGCAUGAAUACAUUCCAUGAUCUCUAGAGAAGGGCACGUCUGUGUCCUGGAUUGAAACUGCACCAGGCAUACAGGCUCUGUAUCUCGGAUGUGUGUGAUCUGUCAAUUUCAGUGCCCAUCAUUAAUGAAUGAUAUACUCCUUAUUGCUGAGGGGUCUUUCUAUGCAUGUAAGUACUUUUUUUAUUUUUUAUUUUUUUUCUCUCUCUUUUCUGUCCUCUGGACAGAAAAAAUUGAUUUGUAGAGAAGAUGCAGAUGAACCUGACCUCAAUGUGAAAUGUAUGCAAUAUAGUGUAGCUUAGAGCAAUAUCUAUCUGCAUCCUUUGUGACAUUAUGACUUGGGCAUAAUUAUCACAUGGACAGUAAAAUCAAUACCUACAUUCAUGCUAAGAUCUUACACGCCUGAGUUGUUGGACUAAUUUUUAAUUAUGUAAAAUUCUAACUGAUAUAUCAGUACAAUAUUUUUUUUUUUUCUUUUCGUGUGGUAUGAUUUGUGCCCUCUGGCUCCACAUACAGGACAUCUGUAGGAAAACCUUUAUAUUAGAGCCCAAGUCAUAUUACUUGCCUUUAACGGAUUGACUUCACUUUAAGGACUCCAUUCUAAAGGUAGGUGCUAUCAGACACUGGGGGCAUAUCUUGGCGAUAUUCCAACAAUGCCUGAGGUGAGACAACCCUUUUUUAGGUCUUUGGACAAUGGGAGCUUCUGACCAACUUGUAGAAAGGUUGAAAACCACACAAAGAUGUACAGCUUAGCAUAAAAUCACAUGUGGCAGAUAGUCUGCCACUGAAUUUCAGGCAGAAAAUCUGCAAUAUAAUACAUAACCAGCAAAGUGGAUGAUAUUUUUCCAAAGUCUCAUCCAUGCUAUAAGGGGAAAUACACACCAGAAAUGAAUCUACAACAAAAUGGGUAAAAUCUUCUGCAAAAUACACAGCAAAUCUGCUUGCAAGCAGAUCGGAUACAGAAUUUUAUUUUUGUCCAGUUUUCUCUGCUCAAAUACUACCCGACUGCAGGUACUAUUGUGAAGAAGCAUUCCAUAAUUCUGGAAACGGGUCUCUAGUUAAGAGAGUGAAUCAGUGUGUGUAUAUAUCAUUGUAAUGUAUUUUGACCUGCUUAUAAAAUACAUUUAUAAUUUAUGUAGUUGAAGCAAAAACUGUAAAUAAAAGUGUACCACAUUGUGUAUAAUUUAGAUU